UGCCUGUUGGUCUUUCAUAGUUGGCGACGGGAACAGCGAAAAUGGCCUCAACCCUGCCUGUGUGUAUGAAUAUUUGGAGAAGAUGACGACGAUGAGCCCAAUAACUUAUUUGAACACCAAAGUGUCUUCAGUAAACACCUAAAUAUUGCUUAGAGUGACUAACAUAUCGUGACCACCAGUGAAAAAGAGGAAACAAAAGACCACACAGCAGCGGCAUUUUUAUUUUGUGUUGCUGGUAGUGGCGCUAACCAACGUUAGCUAUGGAGGAUAUCAACUCAAACAUCAACGCGGACUUAGAGGUGCGGAAACUACAGGACUUGGUAAAGAAACUCGAACAACAAAACGAGCAGCUCCGUAGUCGGUCUUCGUCUGGAGCAGUGUCAGGGAACCAUAGACCCCAUAGUGCAGGAUACGACUCUCGCUUAUCAGCCGCCUCAGCGGCGGGGCUGGCCGGCUUCCCUGGGGUGGGGUCCGGCGGAACUGGCUAUGGAGGGCUUUUGGAAAACUCCCGUUGUUUGAGUCCCAGACUGUCAUAUGAUGGCAUCAGUUUCAGGAGAGCAUAUGAGGGCGAGGGGGCAUCGGCUGCCACCUCUUUCACUGGCACCAAUUCCUAUUUUACUGACGCAGGGGAAACACUGGGUUUUAUGGAUGAAGGGGAAACUUCUAUAUUGGAUGAAGUAGAAAUCCUCGAUCUCGAAGACAUGGAUUGUCUUAACGAAGAUCAAGACAGCUGGCUGUAUGAGGCGAAGCUCAACAGCCCACUGCAGAAAGCCUUGAGUCCCAUUGUGUGGUGUCGUCAGGCUCUGGACAAUCCCAGUCCUGACAUGGAGUCAGCCAAGCGCUCCCUCAUCCACAGACUGGACGUCACCAUGUCAGCAAACAAGCGUAGGAGCCUGUAUGGAUGUCCCUACAGUCCCCAGGUGAACUACGGAAGCCCAUACUGCACAAACACCGCUAACAGCCCCUACAGCAGUGGCUUCAACUCCCCAUCAUCCACACCCAGUAGGGUGCCCAUCGUCAGACAGCAGCUGAUGCUCCCCGUCAACCAGGCUCACCAGCAGCAGCGUGGUGGCUCAGUAGAGAGAGAAAGGAACCCCCCAGCGGUCAGCCCUCAGUCUUCAAUAGACAGUGAGCUGAGCACCUCAGAGAUGGACGAGGACUCUGUAGGAUCCUCCACCACAUACAAGCUCAACGACGUCACUGAUGUACAAAUCCUGGCUCGCAUGCAGGAGGAGAGUCUUCGGCAGGACUAUGCUGCCACAGCGUCCAGACGGAGCUCUGGUUCGUCCUGCCACUCUCUGAGACGCAGCACCUUCAGUGACCAGGAACUGGACGCCCACAGUCUAGAGGACGAUGAGGAGGCUGUACACCCCGCCUUCCACAUCCCCUCAAACCGCUUUUCCCCCUCCCCCAGACACUCCCCUCACGCCUCCCCCAGAAACUCUCCCCGCUCCCGUUCCCCCGCACGCUCCCUGGAGUACAGCCACCCCCACAGCCGAGGCUCCCCGCAGCCAAUCAUCAGCCGGCUGCAGGCACCACGUCACUCCCUGCAAAGCCACACCCCCCAAGACCUGCAGACCAACGUGGUGAAGAACGAAGAAAAGCUGAGGCGGAGUCUUCCUAACCUGACCCGCUCCAACGUGGCACAGCAGGGUCCAGAGCCCGUCAAGAACAGCAGGAGCUUUGAGUCCAACCUGCAAGUGCCAAACGGAGGCUCACCCAGACACCAGGCAGUCAGUCAGUCUGCCAUAGCCCAGCACUCCUCCACUCCACUCCACUCCCGGUACUCGACUCCCCCUCGCUCCUCCCAAACAGGAAUUCCCCCUCGAUCCUUACAGUCCCCGAAACCCAAACAGCACCUCCAAAGCCCUUCUUCUCUGCGAGUCCAUCUUUCCUGUUGCUUUGGAGAAGAAGGUGAUUUCAUCCCUUCUCCCAGUAAGCUGCGAACCCCGGCCACUCCGUCUCCCCUGGCCCUGAGGCAACCUGUGAAGGCCACGUCUACCCCUGGCUCUGGAGCCUCCACCCCCACACGCUCCCUGGGCCCAGCACGCAGCGGCCUGCCCCGGCCCAGUGCAGGAGGGGGGGGGGGCGGCAUCCCCGUGCCUCGCAGCAAACUGGCCCAGCCAGUACGCAGGUCUCUACCUGCCCCUCGGACCUACAAUGGUGGACGGGAAGGAGAUAACUGGAGGGAGGGUUGCUACUGAGGCUGGCCUGGUCAGCAGGGGGCACUGUGUGGCCCCCUGAUCAGCACAGAGGCACUGUGUGGCCCCCUGAUCAGCACAGAGGCAGACCAACAUUACAAUGCGGCACUUUAUCAACCAAGAUUACUUUUACCAUGAAUUAAGGAAUAAACUAUAACAAAGACAAAGUAAAAUUCGUCUUUCGUCUUACUAUCAUGAGGAACAUGAUCUGAACAGCUGAAGCAGCAUGGUGUGUGUCUGUGUGGAGAGGAUCUGAAGGGGCCAGGCAGGGCUGGGGGGCGGAAGCCUAGAGAGAAUGCCAAAGAAACCAGCUGAGCUCCAGCAUCCCGGUGCCACCAGAGGGCACUCUCAUCUGCCUCAGUGUGUCUGUUCAGCAAUCAGUCAAUAAGUCUUCACAAAAUGCUUCUCUCCGUCUAUUUUUUCACCUCCCUCAGGUUGAAGUGUUUGUACAAAUUUCUCUUUUUGCAGUCUGUUCUCAACAGAUGCCUUUGUUAGAGAUCUCUAUGAUGAUGCUGUGCAGGUAAAAUGUUCCCUUAAUGUUAAAGAAUUGUGAACAUUUUACAAAGUUUUGUCAAAUCAUAGUUUUUUCCUCUUGUGGAUGAACUAGAAUGUAUUGAAAUGUUUGACAUUAUUUAUUCAAAUCAUUAUUUAAAGAGUUCAUUUUCCAAAUAUCCAUAUUCAGUAUUUGUUUUCUAUUGAUUUGAAUAUAUUUUUAAAAAAUCAAAACCUCUACUGCAAAGCUAAUUCUCCAAAGUAUUUUUUUAGAUGGUUUCAUAACAGGACAUUUGAGUGUUGAUGUUUUUAUGUUGAUAACACAGGUGAUUGGUAGAAACAGGCCAAAGCCCCAUCCCAGACCUAAUCAUAACUGGUUUUAACCUGUAUCGACUAUCACAUCUGUUUCAGGGCUGGCUAGUGAUGUUGAGCUGCGCCAGUCAAUGGCAGUAGUCACAACCUCAAUCCAGAUCUACUUCUGGUUUGGUUAGUUAAUUCUAUUGCUUUCCACCAUUAGAUUAAUAUGCCAUUGCAACAUCCAGACAAUAUAGUCAGAGAUAUGUAAUCCCAGUCAAAUAUAUCAAAUCCAACCCUUGUAGCCAUGAGACCUGAGCAUGCAGCAAAGGCUUGAUGUAGUUCAUUUAAAACCUGCAACAAUAUUGUCAGUGUAUGUUAUGUCAAGACGGAAUAAAUUAUCCUAAUAUCUUAAAAUUAUAAUGGAAAAGUUCAAUAGGUUAGUGGCCAUUGCCACUUGUGCUUUAAAAUAAAUCAGGAGUGCUGAGAUUCAUAGGGAUGGUAUUAGUGUGCCAGAAAUGAAUGAACUAGUGCCUAUUACUUUCAAGUCGAAUUUUAUUUUGAAUGUGCUUUUUAUCUGUUCAUUUAUCCUCACGUGCCAGUGUCAUGGUUUGCCAAUAUUAUUUGUCUUUGUAUUUCUGCUUGAUUUUGUUUGGGUUAAUAUACUUUUAAUUUUGUAAUUGUAUCAACAAUACAUUUAUACUUGCUUUUGGAAAAAGUAUAUGCGCCUUGAUAUUUAUAACUAAUUACUCUCAUUCUUUAAAUGAAACUAUUUAAGAGCGAGGUGCCUCUGUAUGUCAAGGUUUGGAUUUAGUGGAACGCUUGGGCUAUUUUUGCGAAUACAUCCCACACCAUUGUGUGAUUCGUUUUUUCAUAAUGAUUUUUUAAAAAUCCACCUACAUGACAUUCAGUUUCCCUGUGUAAACUCACAUUUCAAGUAAAAAAAAGUUGAACUGUU